GUUUUAUAUCAUUAAAAUUAUUUAAAGGUUCAAGUAGCAAAUUCAAUGUCAAUACAAAAACAUUCUUCCUUAAUGGAUAAUAAUAAACCAGAAAAUGACAUCGUGGAAUUUAUGAGUCCUAAAGUAUAUUUACCUGACGAGGCGACGUUACCACAACUAUCAAUAAUGAAAAAUUCUAAAGACGAUGCUACAUACAUAUUAUCCAAAUUAAGCGACGAAGAAUUGUUAAGACUAUUGAACGUUGAUCCAAGUAAGAAUAUUUAUGAUCUAAAUGAUAUUGUACAUAUAGCACUUGAAGGUAAAACUCUUCAAAAUGAAAAAAUAUCUUUUCCGAGUCAAGAUAGAGAAAAUAUGGGUAAAUUGACAAAUGUUGGUAACAAGAAACGCCUACCAGAAAUAAGCAAUAGUCAAACGGCUUUUUAUAAAUUAAAUCAUAAAGAAAUAGUUUCUCAAAGUCAAAAGAAUAAUGCAAAUUUUUUGGCUCUAAAAAAACUUCAUAGUUUGAUACUCAAUCGACCUCGAUUAUUAUUUGAAGAAGAAAGGCUAGCCGAAGGAAAAAAGGAAUUAAUCUUUGAUUUUUUGGUUGCUCAACUAAAAACUUUGUGUUGUAAAGGUACAAUUAAAAAAGAAAACCCGCAAAUUAACUAUUCAAACAAAUCACAAUCAGUCUCAACCGAUAGAAACAAUGAACUUAUGUUUUUAAUUUUGAAUGAAGAAAUCAAAAGUAAUGAUAAGGACGAUCUAGUACUGGUAGACCCUAACACCCUAGAAAGAAAUAGUAGUGUCUUGAUUUUAGGACCUAUUACAACUCCAUUAUCCGAUAGACAACUAAAAUUAGUCAUGAAUCGUGUUUCAAACGAAUUAUCAAAACCUGAAUAUGCAACACUACUUCAACAGCUUUCUAAUGGUACACUUAACGAUAACAGUGUUAUGAAAAACGUAAUGUAUGCCCCUGAAACACGAAGAUACAUAAAAGCUCAUAGAUGUAAUCAUCAAUCAAAAUUAGCAAAAAUUUAUGGUGGACCAAAAUGGUUGAUUUGUACUGGUUACUUAAAUAUAAACACACCGAGCUUAUAUGAUUAA